UCCUGUAGCACUUAUCUUGCAUGGUUCUGUAACAUCUGUAUGAAACUUUGCCGUUAUUUUCUCAAACUUAACAAACGCAGAUUUCCAGAGCAAAGUGUUCUACAGAAAAUGAGUUUAUUUCCAUGGCGAGAAAUCUAUUGUAUCGUCUUUUAAACCGCUUUAAAUCUCCCUGAAUUCACGAAUAACGUGUGUUUCUCUUCGAAACAUUCUUGAGAAAUUGUAGCUGCGAAGGUGCAACUGCUGUAACGAAAGAAAAACUGUGGGAUUGUCGCUGUUGUUAGCUGAAGACGCGAGAGCGUCCAGUAAGUGGACACUCAGGUUUUGACGUUGGAAAACAUUUCCAGAUGUAAUGGAUUACAUUUGACUGCAAUGGAACAUCGUUGCUUCAAGUUCUCUUCAUAUUUUGACUCUUUUAGGACAGAAACUAGGAGUUUUUGGCAUAUAUAACUUUUUUUAUCAACAUGUCCGCUGAACCGCGGCAAGUUUAUUAUGCCGCAUUACACGCGCGCGGUUUGAACCCGUCAGAGGAAGAGCUGGAUCUGGACGGACAAAGCUGGUUAACAGAAGAAGAAAAGAUUAAAAUAAAAGAGGUUAUGGUGAGAGAAAAGGAAUUCAUCAGCAAUGAAGCUCAGGGUCAUAUGAGAAACAAGAGUAUGGAGGGCCAACUAAGUAAAUUCACAAAUCUGGUCAAAGGAUGGCAGAACAGGUGGUUUGCUCUAGAUGCUGAACAUGGGACAUUGUCAUAUUUCUUGGAAAAAGACAAAGUAAAACAUGGGCCACGAGGAUCAGUGCAUUUGUCUGGAGCUGUAAUUGCCCCAAGCGAUGAAGACUCCAACCUGUUCAUUGUCCACGCAUCAAACGGAGAUGUAUACAAACUUCGAGCAACUGACCCAAAGAAUCGCCAGCACUGGGUCAAUAUGAUCAGAGCGGUUGCAGAAUUCCACAGCCUCAGUCCGAAACAGGAACCUCCUUCCGAUAUCAACGCAGCGGCACUCCAACGCACUGCUUCACUUGGCGGCGCGUUUCUCUCGAAAGCAUCAAAUCUCAAACGUUCAGCUACUUAUGGACAACCGUCAUCUAGAAAGCCACAACUUGGUAAGCAAGUUACGACGCCAGCGGGAGAAGAACUGCACAACGUGAAAGAUGCUUUAAACACGGUUGAUGAAUAUCAUGCAACGGUUGUUGAAACCCUGGAGAAUGACUCGCAUGGUGAUAUAGCAAACCCUUUGGAUGAGAAUGUUUUGAUUCUCAAAGCCACAUCUCAAGCCAUGGUCAAUAUUUUGCACCAGUGUUACUCGAUUUUGCAUCAACAGUCAGCAGACUUACAAGCCACCGCCAAUGCCACUGGCUUACCUCCUGGUGCAAGAAUCGAGUGGCUGGGACCUUCAGAUACUGUGUCUCGAAAUGAUUUUAAAACUAGAAGAUCCGGCAAGGAUGAAGACUACAAUUCAGAUGAAGAUCAAUGCGAUGAAUUUGCUCUUAAAGAGGAAGAAUUCACUCAUAUAAGAUCCUUCGAACAUUCAGAAGUCCUUGACGAACAUGACUUCGAAGAGUCAGAAGAAAGUAUGGAGCCUCAUAGGAACAUAAUAUUGAGUAUUUUGUCACAGCUGAAACUUGGUAUGGACUUGACAAGAGUUGUUCUGCCUACAUUUGUACUCGAGAAACGAUCUUUACUGGAAAUGUACGCUGACUUCUUUUCUCAUCCGGAUCUUUUUACAAGGAUUCCGGAUUUCGAAACCCCUCAAGACAGGAUGCUGGCUGUUUUGGAAUUCUACCUUACAUCAUUUCACGUUGGAAGAAAAUCGGCAGUAGCAAAGAAGCCUUAUAACCCAAUAAUUGGAGAGACCUUUCAUUGUUCAUACGAUGUACCAAGCCAAAAUCAAUUUGCGAAUUCGAGCAGCCAGUCUCCGACGAUGUCAAACGCUGAUGGCACGAAUCGUCUGUUUUACGUCGCAGAACAAGUCUCGCACCAUCCACCAAUUUCCGCCUUCUACGCCGAAUGCCCCGAUAAAAAGAUCACUAUGAAUACACACAUUUGGACCAAAUCAAAGUUCUAUGGAAUGUCUAUAGGCGUUGUGAACGUUGGUGAAGGGAUCAUCAUCGAUCAUGUGCACGAUGAAGAAUACAUAAUCACCUUCCCCAAUGCCUACUGCAGGUCGAUAUUAACGAAUCCUUGGAUUGAACUUGGCGGUAGAACAAUGAUCAAAUGUGUCAAAACAGGAUAUGCAGCCGUUGUUCUGUUUCAUACCAAGCCAUUUUAUGGUGGAUCAGGAAACAAAAUCUCUGCGGAAAUAAAGGAUGUACAGACCGGGGAUAUUUAUUGCCGUGCAGAAGGAUCAUGGAAUGGCAGCAUAGAGUUUGCAUUUACAGACGAUGAGAAAAAGGACAGAUCGAUUGAUAUCAGAAAAUUGCGUGCAGUUCCUAAACGAGUGAGACCGUUGGACCAUCAGGGCGAAUUUGAGUCCCGAAGGUUAUGGAGAGAUGUCACACUUGCCCUCAAUGAGGAAAACCUUGAGAGUGCGACAGUAGCAAAACACAAGUUAGAGGAACGACAACGAGCUGAAGAAAGGCAACGACAAUCUUUGGACAUCAAAUGGAAAACUAAACUUUUUCGCAAAGUUGACGAUGGCUGGUGGUUUAACAAGCACGUGAAACAGAGAAGAAAAAAGAAGUCCUCGACAUCAUCGUGAUUUUUAUAAUCAUUUUGCUGUCCUCACUGCAUUGAUUUGUCCGUAUUUCAUUUUGUUUUCCAUGGAAAUAGGUACGAUUUAAAUCAUCGAUUAUAUGUUGCCAAGCGAGAGCAGGGAAGUGCUGACCCUAAGUAUCAUAUUUUCAAUGAUCCGUUCUUUUAAAUGAUACAUUUAGUAAGAAAUAGAUAGAUACGAUGUAGGUCUUUCCUUUUCCUGUAAAAGUUAGCGAUGUCGACUACACGGUGCACCCAAAUACUGUCACCCGUCGUAAUGUCUUAGUCCCAUUAAUAUAUUUAGAUUUGCAUUUAUUUUUGUGUCUCAAAUUUCGUUUAUCUAGUCCAUCUCUUAGCUGUUAGUGUGAAGUUGUCGUAUUUGUUUUCGUCUGAGUUGAAAGUGCCGUGACAUGUUAUUGAACUCAGAUAUUCAAAUUUCUUUCAACAUUUUGUUUCAUUAGUUAAAGUGACUACGAAUUCUUUCUAUCAUCUGUUUUCGCACUAUUUAAUCUCUUCCAUCUGUAUUUAAAGUCCUUUGUGGAUUACAUGGAGUUGUGUUUUGCUACAUUUCCCCUUAAUACAUUAAUUGUUUUAUAGUUUUACAAUUGCUUAUUGAAUCGCUUUGUAGAUAGAUCAAAUUUAAGAUUUUUAAGAACGAUUGGUAGAUAGAUGAAAUAAAAAUUUAGAAAGGCGUUUAGGAGCCCUUUCUUUGCUAAGAAUAAAUAUGUUUUUCCAGCCCUGUUAAAGUUAUUUGAAACAUCUUUGGUUAGGGCCAUCUUAGGCUGUUUUGAUAAAAAACCCGUCCGUAUUUCUCCUUUGCUUCCAGUUAAGGCAAGCAAUGAAACGAUCCUGUUUGUCCAAAAUAUGACAAGUCUUCCAGAAGAUUGAACUGAAAAGCCUAUUUUAAAUAAAGCAGGAUUGUCUCAAUUUUGGAAGACUAAUACAAUGCUGAACAUUAUCUAUAAUGCUAGCCUUCUAAGGGUUGCCUUAUCUUCAUUAAUCUCAAUUUAUCUCCACACUGCUACCUAAGUAUUCCAAGCCUAAAUUGUAGAUCAGAUUCAGGAAAUAUUAGUUAGUUGAUAGUCUAAUAUUCUUAGUUAUAAUUGUUUGAAGUAUUCUGUGAUGUCGAACGCGUUUUGAAUCCGUAAUUGAUUAUCGAAUAAUUUACCAUAUUACAGUAAGCUAAGAAAAUUUUUGUCAAUGGUAAUUUAGAUAUAAUGUCAUUUAGUUAUGAAAAAUAUAUUGAUAAGAAUUGUAUCUGAUCUGAAGAAAUAUAUCAAUGAGUAA